AUGGACCAUUGCACAGAUAUAAUACGCCUCUGCCGGAGAGGCAACCUCGGUGUGAGGUACGUUAUUCCUUUUCUGAAUCUACGCCUCGACUUGGAACAGGAAUGCUACGCCUUUCUGAAGUGGUGGGCCACCAACCUGUUCGGUUGGGGUGAUGUAAACCUGCCGCACGUCGAUAUCCGCAACGCUGACGCUUUUGAGCCUAUGCGCGUUACACAUCUUGUUGUACUCACUCUUCUUAAGCUACGCCUCUACCUGGAUCUCGAUUCUUAUGAGUGGAUCGAAGCGCAGAGCCGAUACUGCCUGAGUAUUACAGCGGCGGCUCUCCUGAGGAAGCGGACUUCGUGCUUUGCACAUGUCAGGCGUGCUUGGGUUGAGACAGACGGUAUCAUGAGCAUGAUCGAUGGCGACACAGCUGUACUAGGCCCCGUCUACAAAGGCUUGGGUAGUGUAGUGGAUGUUUAUAGCAGUGACUUCACAGGACGACGAAAAUAUGCCGCUAUACUUUGUCUCGAGCAGAAGUAUAUGUUUGCCGAGAUCUACGGCUCUCCUGUGCUUCAAAUCCACUAUAAGGCUGCUUCGGUUCGACUACCCGCCGCGGCCAAGGAUCCCCUCGAGCUUCACCGAGGCGGCCCGCUCCCACCUGGCAUACUCGUGGUGGAUGGAGCCAUCGCCCGUCAUAGGAAGCUUCUGUUCCGUAUUAUUGACCUACUUCACGUCGUACCCGUCGUUGUCGCCGGCUGCUUUGGCACCGACUUGGAAACCGGCGAGCUUGAACGGACGUUCACCACCAUUGGUUUGCCCCGGAAACGCGGAUCCUACGGCGAUGGAACACUGAGGCUUCGACGAGGUGCUGCUGUUCACAUUAGCGGUUACCUAUCUUCUGCUUACACGCAGAGGGCUCAGGUUCUUGCUAAUGUUGAGGAAUCAGCUGUCUGGUACGUAAAUGACGAGUUACCCCAUCAAGCUUCCGCUACAACCACAAAGGUUGGGAAGGGUACAGUGGGAUAUAUCGGGGAUGUGAAUACGUUGGCUGGAUCUAUGUCUGUCAUCAUGGCCCUGUGUGGACUUCGAGUGCGGCUGGAUCCGGGGCUCAAGGACCUCCCUUCAGAGUCGAACAUCCCAGGAACGUAUUGGAGCGAUGUGCCCUAG